GGCGGAGACAAUUCGUCAGUCGUUCUUUUCAAUGUUGGAGGAGGGUAUCGGUGGAGGAGAGAUGGAGAUUGUGGACUUGGAUUUUGGCUUGUCAAGCGGGACUGCUGCAGCCGGCGUGAGCGCGGGACAAAUGUCAGUGCAUGGGGUGGGAGGGGUGGGGCCUGGUGGAAGGUCCUAUCCGCAGAAUGGCAGCGCAGGUGGGUGUCAUCCGGCGCCUUCCUUUCCUCGAGGCGCGGGAUCAUCUAGCGAACAUGGCGAGGAUAAUGGUGCCCCCUCCUUCAGCAACGCCUUCGCUUACACCACGGCAAAGGGUGGUCGGACCGGCGGCGAGCACAAGCAGCACCGGAGUAGAAGAAAGUGGCAGGCAAGUGUGGGAGUCCUAUCGGCAACAGAUGCGCCGACCGGGCGUGGAGAACAUAACGAACGGGUUGUCGAGGAUGCGUGUGGGAAGCGACGGCAAUGCAGACGACUCCUAGAGGGAAGCGCGAUUGUCCAGGGCAUCACCAACACUGGGGGGGAGAGGCAAGAAGAAGGAAGGCAUGAGGAGGCGGGAAGGAAAGACGAGAGGAGGGAGCAAACUCCGCGGUCGGACGACGAUGAUGACGAGUCUCUUAGCAGUAGAAAGAAAAAAACGCGGCAAAAGGAGGAGUUGGAGGCGAAGUCAAAGUUGUGGACAGACAGAGUGCGCUUUAACUACACCGCUGGUAUGGGGGAAGCCGACUUCGCGACAAAGAUGGAGUCGAUGGGGAUAAAACCUUUCGAUGGCGAAGGGAAGGAGGAGGACGGAGGCGAUGGCGAUGGAGGGUCGUAAAAGUCAUCAUAGUGGCAGUCAUGUACCUUGUUUUCGUCUUGUUUGUCGAUGAAGUGGAAGCAUCCAUGGUUGUUGGCGCGAGGGGGGAGUUCCUUUGGGCUUAGUUCGCCCGAUGGGGCUUUGUAUGUAGACGGGCGGUCUGGUGGUGAGGUUGCUUGCGAGUGUGCUUAGUUUCGAUUCACGUGUGCGAUUGUGUGUGUUUGUCGUGUUCGUUGUUUUUUCGCAUUCCAUGUAAAUAUCCUUCGUUAUUUCCAGUGUCUGAUGUAUAAGAGUUCAUCGCCCACUCAUUGCAUGCGUCAAUUGAAUGAUGCAAAAUCAAAGAGUAACCAACUC